UUGUUGUUGGUGGUGGUCGGUAUUGAAAACGAAACAGAUUUUCCUCGUGGUUCAUAGUGGAAAAUUCGUCUGGCCAACAGUCAGUUCGCGUCGGAGCCGCCAGGAGUAAACAUCACAUCCAACAAGGAGAAUCGUCCGUUUCGGUUGAGACUUUGUUUUGCGUGUCGAUCAAUCGCGAACAAAGGUACGAUCACAAUCUGGAUGCGAUUGUGCAGAAGUAGUUGCAGCUUGUGCUCUAGUUUAUCGAUUUCGAUAAACACGGGAAACGCGGGAUCGUGGAGCGCUUUGUACGUGCCGAAGAAAAGGUGGCCGCCAACAGCCAACAAAGUUCUUUGUUGAUUUCGGGCAAUAACAAUCAUUUGACGGCACGAGUCUUAACAAACCGUCACUAAGCGACCGUCUAAAUUACUACCAAUAACGACCGCGCAGUAAAGCCAGUGGUGGAUUAUGAUCGUUUGACGGAAGCCGUCAAAUCGUCGGACAAAUUUUCCUGGUGCUACGACAGUUACCUAACGUUUCGUAGAACUCGGCAGCAGCCGCUGCUACUCAGCGGAAGUCACGGAAGAGUUCGUGGUGAAAUGUUGUCAUCGUAAUUUUUUACAUGCUUGUUUGGACAGUUGGACGCGCUCGGUGCCAAACCUGUGCCGCUUGCCCGCCGGUCGCCCCGCUUUAGGUUUGGCUGGGGUCGAAAGUAAAAGUGAAAAAUUUAUGUACUAUUCCGAGCGUAGUGUUGAACUGUGAAAGGAGUGACAUUUUUACGACAGGAAAGAAAAGCCGGCAAUUUGUUUUCGCGUGUUCUGCUCUCCCGCGGUGCUUCUCAGGAGUACUAAUUGUCGCCGGUGCGUAGCUACUCGGGACAGAUCGCAAUCGCUCUGGUGGGGCGUUUUAGAAGCACAGAGGAUCGUUUCGGUGAUCGCCAUGGUUCAGGAAAUGCCUAGCAGCGUUCCGGAGGAACUUUACAACCUCACCCAGUUGGCGGAGGUAUCCAUCGCAGCUGGUAAGCUGAACACUGCUACCCAACUAUCAGGAGAGCAUCAGUCACCACAACAGAACCGUUUCCACGCUAGUCAUUAUCCGGUUCAUUUUGGUGCCAUAAAGUACUACAGCUUACAGCAACAACAACAGCAUGAGUCAGCUGCUUAUCACCCAGCAGCGGAAUACUAUCAGCACGCAGUUUCUUAUCAAUGUACCCAACUACGAGCUGAUAGCGACGAAACGCGGAAUUUUAAUCUAGAUAACCAGCAGCCAGUGCUGUCACCACCGUCCCCGAUUCCGGCUCAGUCAUACUCGGCUACCAAGAAAAAAUGGAAGACAAAUUGGGAGAUUAACAGAAAUUUGAAAUUGCAGCAGCAGCAGCAACAACGACUCAGCAAGAUAAGAGAUGCAAAUGAGAAACAAGAUUACGAUGAUUCGUACGAAACGGACAAUCGCACGUAUUACACCUCUUCAACGAUAAGAACGGCCGAUGGUGGGGGUGUGGAAACGAGUCCUCCAAGGCCUGACAGCAGCAACAGUAGCGGCAGCAGCAGUUGUGAUAAAACUUCCACAGAGGAACAACAACCGGCGCGAAGGAACUCAUGUGCUUCCGAGGAGUCAGAAGAUUCCAGUUACUCCUAUUCGCACAAAGUGUUCGAUAGGAAAAAAUCGCGAACUCUCUCGUGGAACAGCGGAAGCAGCUACGGUCAUGCAGAAGGUGGUCAACGUUUGAGCCGAGAAGGCUGCCCUUCGGAGCACAGCAUUCAUGGGCAAGAAUAUCUCGAGCUGGUGGAUUGCAGUGGACGCAGUGCCAGUAGCUGCGAUGAAAUCGGCUCGGCCGGAGAUGAUGUACACAGUUGUCCGGAGUGUGGCAAAAAGUAUUCAACGUCCUCCAAUUUGGCCAGACAUCGACAAACUCAUCGAUCGCUGCAGGACAAGAAAGCCCGUCGCUGUCCUCACUGCUCAAAGGUGUACGUUUCAAUGCCGGCCUACUCUAUGCAUGUCCGCACGCACAACCAGGGCUGCCAGUGUCCAACGUGCGGCAAGUGUUUUUCCCGUCCUUGGCUGCUACAAGGUCACAUUCGGACUCACACAGGUGAAAAACCGUUCAAAUGCAGCGUGUGCCAGAAGGCAUUCGCCGACAAGUCGAAUCUUCGGGCGCACGUCCAAACACACUCGAACACGAAGCCGCACUGCUGCGCUCGCUGUGGGAAAGCAUUUGCCCUGAAGUCAUACCUCUACAAGCACGAAGAUUCGUCCUGCAUGAAGAACAAAACCAACAAACAUCCCAAGCAGAGCCACACCAAACUCCGGCGGAAGAUCGAGAAGGAUCGCUCGUUGAGCAAUUUGGAGAAUCGCCCCUACGCGCUGGGCUAUGGCUCGCAUUCUAUCCAGCAGCACCAGCAACAGUCACUCUCUAGCCCGUUGGAUCUGGCACUGCAAACCGAGCUGCAACUAAAGAAAGACGCUGUCCGAGCAAAGAUUCGAGAAGUUUUGGAAGACAACUGCAAAAAGUCAGCCCAGCAAAAGGCAGCCACCGACAACCGAAUCAGCGUGAUCCGAACGACGGCCAGUACGCACGAAAGUUACUACAAUCGGUCAGACGAACGGCGCCCCCAUCAGGACCACAUCCAGGUGGGCGCAGGGGGCGAAGUCAGUGGAUGCAGUAGUAGCGCGUUUGAGUUCUCGAGAAAUUACGCCAUCAUUGCGUAGCCUCCAAGCACGACGAUACUCAGUCCCGCUAUUUUGUUUGUUUUUCAUAUCUAUUGGAGCUCACUCGGUGGCCAACCAGGAGCAAAACGUCGCAUUUGUGCCGUAUUUCUUUUGUAGGUUUAGUAAGCAUUUGUCCCACGCAUUCGUAUUUGAACCCGCAAGUAUUUGGACUUGUUUUUUGUCUGAUUUGUAAGGGCAAGACCCGAGACGAACUGAGAAUUCUUAUGUGCCUUAAUUUUUUGACGAAAUGUAACUGCGUAAGCAGAUAAACUGUAAAUAACUAUCUAUCGUAAAGUGUAGCAUUAGGUGUAAAUUUCUGUAAGUCUUUGGCAGUUCCAAGCGAAAUCCCAACGCAAACAGCAGCACAGCUAGCUGAACCAAAAAACUUUUUUUUCUUCGCGAGAAGCGGGAAGCAUCUCGAAACGCUGAUUUUUCCUGUACAUUUUUGGGCGUUUUCGGUGCUUUUUGUGUUAACUCUAAAGAGGCAGAAUGGCAUUUUCCGCGGUUAGAUUUAUUGCUAACUUUCGUGUUUUGUUUUAAGUUUUAGGAAGGACGAGAACGUUCUAGUCUUUUAAUUUUUACUUUAGUUUGUAGCUAUCAUUUUAGGCUAGUUUAUUUUACUUAACUGUCUUUUUCGUGCCACGCAGACCACCCAAAUGAGUUAUUCUAAUCAUUUUUUCGUGCAUUUUUGUAGCUAUUUAAGUUCGAUUCACUUUUAGUUUUCAUUUUUAAGUGUACUUCUUGACAAGAGAUUCUCAAGCUGAUAACGAUGGUGCCAUUUAAUAAUAGCUUAUAGUUAGUUAGCAGAACGUGUAGCGAUAGUGUGACAGUGGUGAAGAAGAAGUAUUUCUUCGAACUACCCGUUCCCAUCGAUGGUCGGGGAAAGUGCAAUCAGCAGAGGUGCAGUAGAGUAGCUGGCAGGAUAUUGUUCAAUGUACUAUCACUACCGAAUGUACUGUGUAACUUUGUAUGUAGACUAGAGUAUAACUUGACAAGACUUAUUAAAAUAAAGAUUCUAUAAUAAUGAUGAGCAAGUAUUAUGAUGGAUUUGUUAAUUUCAGUAAAUCUGUGGAUCAUGUAGCAAUAGGAAAGAGAUUUAACGUAGUGAACAAGUCAUUGUGGGUUUUCAAACUUCAGUUAGAGAGUCGAGCAAGAAGGUUAUAUACCUAUUUGCAGAUAUUGAUUUUAAUAAUAGAUUUUUCGCUCCGAAGUCCCCUACAUAGUCUGCGCACAAAAGUUGCUGGUUAUUAGAAGGUGCUAUGACGAACUCUUAAACG